AUGUUUAAUAUCAAUGCAUGCAAUAUCAUGAAAUCGAUCACUACGCUUUGCACACCACGUUUUUCAAUAUUUAUUUAUCGACUUCAUCGAAUACAAACUCGAUCGUUUUCGAUUUCGCUUAGCCUUAACAAAUCUUGGCAAAAAAUUCAACAAAAAUAUAUGGCUGAACCAGAAACAAAGCCAACGCUUACGGAAUUAAAUCCAUCACCAGAUUACAUUCCACAUCGUAUUAAAAUCUGGGAAGAAUUAAAAACAAAAUAUCAAAAUUAUGUUGCUUCACAGCCACAAGUUGAUAUUACAAUAACUUUACCCGAUGGAAAAAAGUUACCUGCUAAAGCAUGGAAAACAACUCCAAAUGAAAUUGCACAAGGCAUUAGUCAAGGAUUAGCUUCUGCAACAGUUAUUGCAAAAGUCAAUGGUGAAUUAUGGGAUCUUGAUCGACCAUUUGAAAAAGAUUCAUCAUUAGAAUUAAUUAAAUUUGAUGAUGAACAAGGGAAACAAGUAUUUUGGCAUUCAACAGCACAUAUUAUGGGUGAAGCUAUGGAAUUAUGUUAUGGUGGUUGUUUAUGUUAUGGACCACCGAUUGAACAAGGUUUUUAUUAUGAUAUGUAUCUUGAAAAUCGAACGGUAUCGGGUCUUGAUUAUGAA